GCUGAGACAGUUUGAUUGGCCUGGCAUGAAAGGGACUGCUGAGACUGAAUGUCAAGUCUGUCAACGAAUCAAACCAUGUAGACAAAAGCCCAUGGGGCUACUCACACCCCUACCCAUUCCGGAUUGUCCCGGGGAGUCUGUCUCCAUCGAUUUCACUGACAUGGGUAAGGUAAGCAAGAACGGGUUUUCACAAGUCAUGGUGAUUGUUGACCGAUUUUCGAAGUUUCUCAAUCUGAUCCCUUUACCGCCUCAUGCCCCAAAAGAUCUAGUGAUUCGCGAAUUUCAGCAAAAAUACCUGCUGCAAUUUGGAACCCCGAAGACUCUUGUGAGCGAUCGGGAUCCGCGUUUCAUUAGCACUGAAUGGAAGGAGUUUACGUCCCACCUAGGAAUCAAACUGUGCAUGACAUCUGGCCGACACCCCGAAGCCGACGGUUUGGUUGAGGAGAUCAACCAGACUGUAUUCCAACUAUUACGUGCGUUGAUCAUUCCUGAUCAGGAAACAUGGGAUGAGGAGCUGUAUUCUGUCAAGGGGUUGUACAACAACUCCGUCCACUCUGCCACCGCCACGACGCCCAACAGGCUGCACUACGGGUGGCAGAUCCGUAAUCCGCUCUCCUACUUAUUUCCUGAGCAGCGACCUGGUUUAACACCCGGCAGGCCCGGCUUCAGUGCUAAGUAUGAUCGCUUGCUCAAAGUUGUUGUUGCAGCUAUGACCAAGCGACAACAUGCCAUGAUUCACCAUGCGAACAAGAAGCGCAAACCAUCGGAGAUUCAGGUAGGAAGUUAUGUCUGGGUAAAGAUGUCUGAAUUCUCAGCGGAGGAGGGAGUCUCACGAAAACUCUUCCCACUUUACUACGGGCCUUGGGAAGUUUUGGAUGUAAUUGGGGAAGAUCACUUUGGCCCUUCGUACAUUGUAGACGUGCCAGCUCACCUGCGCACGUAUCCCGUGUUUCAUGCAUCUAAACUGAAUCUCCAUCGUGACGCCGAGACAUUCGAUUACCGCGAAGAUAUGAUCCCUCGCGCAAUCAAGGGCGGGCAUGAGAUAGAUAGAAUCAAACAGCAUGUAGGUAAAGGGAGAAACAAACAGUAUCAGGUUCAUUUCAUGCAUCACCCGUUAGAUGGUCUCUACUGGAUCUCCAAACAGGAACUGCGAGGCAGCGCACCGCGCGUUGUUAAAGUUUACGAGCGACAGAUCGCCGCUAAUGCCACACCAAAGACCUCAGCAAGGCUCUCUGCAACAGAGUAUUCUAGGAAUCUCUUUGCCUUGCUCGCCUACGAUACGUUUACCGAGGACUCAGAAUGAGUUACUCGCUCGAAGGGACCUCGCUCUUGGAGGGGGGAUAGUGUGAUAACCCUUUCAAACACCGAC